CGAUGUCUGGUGCAAAUCAAGACACACAAAAUGCAAGCAUUUCCAGGGAUGAAAGUGUUCAAUUGCCUGCAACAAGCCAAGGUUAUGUUUUACCUGAAGGGAAAAUCAUGCCAAAUUCAAUUUUUGUAGGAGGAAUAGAUAUACGGAUGGAUGAGACUGAAAUCCGGAGCUUCUUUGCUCGAUAUGGCACUGUUAAAGAAGUAAAAAUAAUCACAGAUAGGACUGGUGUGUCCAAGGGGUAUGGAUUUGUAUCGUUUUUGGACAACGUUGAUGUACAAAAAAUUGUUGAAUCGCAAAUAAACUUCCAUGGAAAGAAACUCAAGCUGGGACCUGCAAUAAGAAAACACCCGAAUUUAUGUACCUAUCAUGUGCAGUCUAGGCCGGUACUUAUUAAUUCACCUACACCUCAGUUCCACAGUGUUUGGAGUAACCAAGAGACAUAUAUGCAUCCUCCAGCUGUGAUGAGCCCUAUAACACAAUAUGUUCAGGCAUAUCCUUAUGGUUCACCAACUUUACUAAUUCAGCAGCAAGUCCCUGUAGGAUACCAACCAACUUACAAUUACCAGGUUCCACCCCAGUGGCCUCCUGGAGAGCCAAGAAAUUACAUCAUGCCUCCGGCUUAUACCACUGUCAAUUAUGGUGGUGAAAUGGAUCGUGGCCUGAACCAUGGAAUAUUCUAUGGCUGAUCCAUCACAAUCGUGUGCAAACAGUCCACAAAAGGAGAAGAGGGUUUGCAGUUAGAUGUUAUCUAUUUCUCAAUGUCUAUUUUAUCUUGUU